AAAGUUCUAAUAAUUAUCAGCGUAAAGUAAAUUUCUAAAAGAUUUGCAAACUUCUUAAAAGUCACCUGUUUAGAACAUCAUAUUUCCCUACAAAAAUUUCCAUAUAAUAAUUUUAUCAUCAUCCAAACUACUACUAACCAUUAUACCAUUAAUCCUUUUUCCAAAAACAGCAAUAUCUUUAAAUUACACAUUUUCCCCACUUUAUUAAAAAAUAACAUUUAAUUCGAAAUCAUAAAUAACUAAAUUUCCUUUAAUAGAAAUUCCUAUUAUUAAAUUGCUAAAAGUAGGAUGAUUUUUGAUAGUAUAGAGCCCUGAAUUUAUAUGGGAAACAUUAAAUGUUUUCGUACAAACAAAAUUCUUUUAUUUUUAUUCGAAUUAAUAUACACAAAGUACUUAUU